GUGCGGUCGGUAUUUACGUCAAACGUAAACCGGAGAGCGAACGCAGCAGUCUUCUCGCGAAUUCACAGCGAAUCAGCAACAGAGCAAAAGUUUCCCCCAAACUGAACACAACUCGCGUCGCGUGCAGUGAAGUUCGAAUACAAAACAACACACAAAACGGGCAAUCCAAGUGACCACGAUUUGCAAAGGAUUUACAAACGAUUUACAAUCGUGUGCGGUGCAUUACGCGUGGUCAGUCCCGCAAACUCCAUACGGGAAGUGAAAGUUCGGGUGCGUGUUGUGCCUGAACCCGUACUGUGUUGCCGUGGAAAAAAGAAACACGCGCCGUGCUAGUUUUCCCGUUAGGUGCGGUGGUCUCACUCUAGCGCACAGUCCCCAAACGGAAGCCGAACUGGUGUGGUAGAAACGAAGAAAAAAGAGAAGAAAUACACCCGCUUGUAGUAAAAUAAUAACGGCGGAGUAAGGAAUAUUGAUUUUUUCGUCCGUGUGUGUGAAAAGCGUGGAAAAGCGUAGCAGAAAAUCAAACAACAACAACAGCAACAAAAAGUUCUGUUUGAGUACGUGACUCCAAGCACACGGCGACUUUUCCAUUUGACAGAAACGUAUUUGUGUUGCCUUUUUCUCCGGUGUCUGUGUGUGAUUGUGUAUUUGUGAGUGCGGUUUCUGCAUAUUUUUUUGUUUCGUUGCGGACAGUCGACAACACUCCGGGAAAAACGGAUUUAUAUCCCCUCUUUUUGAACCGUGCAUUGACCACAGUCACAGCAAAACGAUGGCUUUCAUGAUGCCGGUGAUGAAGAACGAGUUCGAUAUCUACAAAGGCCGCCAGCGGCGGAUAUCGGAAUGCUCGAACCAAAGCAACUGCCGGUCGCGCAAGGUGUCGGAAAGCUCCCGGUCGGACUGCCCCAGCCUGUCCACCUCGCCCGGCAACGAAGGGUUCAUGUCGAGCUCGCCGGCCCACCGCAGCCACCCGAUGUACAUGUCGCACCUUGCCUCCCGGUCCCAGUUCUCGCGCAACUCGUCCCGCACCUCGCAAAGUUCGCUGAUCGCUUCGAGCCCGUCGAAGGCGAGCUCGGGCAGCAGUCCGCCGAAAGGGGCGACGGGACCUUCGGUGCCGGCCGCCGCCGCCGCCGCCGGCAGCCAGAACAGCUUGAACAAGUUCCACACCCGGCUGGUCGAUAAGCUGCGCAAGUCGCUUCGCAAAAGCAAGUCGACCGACGGCCGGUCAUGAGAGGCGGGUGGGAGGGCUGGCGCUGACGAGGACGACGAUCCCGAUCCGGAUCCGGACGAAGACGAUAACGCGGACGACGAUACGCCUGGGGAAGGAAACCACCGCCAUCGGAGCAGCCGGUUGGCGCGGGAAGAGGUACGGGAAGCCUGCUCGGACAGUGUCCUGCAUGUGCACCACCGGAAGCCACCACUACCACGCGCCACGACACGGGCAACGACGGCGAUGACGGCGAAGGAGGGAAAGGUCCGCUCCAGGCGGGGCACCUACAGUGCACCACGGUAACUUGCGCCGGGUGUAAUCCAGCCCAACAACCCCUACCCGACCAAACGAGUCCAGCAGGCGGCGAUGAUCCAGAUCCGGUUGUUCGGGAUGUUCGAACCGAAUUCACCCAUCCAGAGAAAGAGAGCGAGAGAAAGAGAGAGAGAGAGAGAGAGAGCAACGAGAGACACAUAAGACGAGUAUGGCUUAUAUUAGUAAAGUAUCCUUACACUACUUAUUAGUACUAUAGACAAAAGGCAGCAGCAGCAGCAGCAUUAGAAGCAGGACGGGGGAGAAGAAAAACAAACAAAACAAACAAACGGGUGCGCAGCAUUGAAUCAGCAACAUAUACACCACAACAUAUAUACUUGUUACAUAUUAUGGCUAGCUAAUGUAAACAUCUACUAUAUCAUCCAUUCUGCUCAUUAUAUAUAUAAACCUAUCGUAUGUAGAGUAAUUGAGUGUGCCUCUUCUGGCUCGCGUCGUGUCGUGGCUUUGCUCCUACAACAAUUGGCACACGGAAACACGGAAUCAAAACUGCUGAUUCGUAUACAUUACAAGUGCUUGUUACGAGACGAUUGGACAGGAAAGUGUGAUUAGUUUUGCCACGUUUUGUAUUAGCUUUAAGGCAGAGAACAUACUAUUUAUCCAACCGGUAGUGUACCGUGUUGGUGGAUGCGUUAUCGCACGAACCAUCCUUACCCACUCACGCACCCACUUUCUCUCUGUUAUUGUUCCUUUUGCUUAAGUUUCUCUACAGCGUAAUGCCUUGGCUUGGUUGGGAGUGAGAGUGUUCCCAUUGCUGAGCAUUAUUGGAAUCCUAGGUAAAAACGUUAGUUUAAUGUUUAAAGUACACCAAGAGCCUAAAGGCAGCAACAUUAACACAUCCACACUCACGCGCUCACGUAGGGAUAGAAACCCAAGCCCUCUAGGAACUGUGAUACACGUUUCGGUACACAUCGAUAAGCCUUUUACUGGCUGAAAAGGAUGUCAGCGUGCACGCAAGGAGUGCAGGAGAGGACAGAGCAAUCGCAACGAAUUUCCCUAACGGGGUAGUAAAAUCCACAAAUUCAGUAAUGCAAUUUUAAACCCGCCAGGAACGCGUAUCAGUUUUCCUUCUAUUUUUUCCCCAUUUUUUUUUUUUUUGUUGUUGUUUGCUUUAAACGGCCCAAUUUUAUGUGAGGACACAAAAAUCGAAAACCAACCCCCUCGACACAACACAAACUGUGAUUCAUUGUGGUGAAACAAUGUGUUAAUAUAUCGAAUUGUGAACGCUUUUUUUAGCCGUAGCAAGAGCGGCCCCUGUCGUGGAGAGGUAGCAGCACGAGGCAUCUAUUUUAUGGCCAAACUGAGGCAGGGAUAUAUAUACGUGUUGGUGCGCAUAUUUGCCGCGUCGGGUUUUUGUUGUGAAAUUAAUUGGAAUUUACUGGAAAACGAUAACGCAUAAAUGCAAAGACAGUAGGAGCCAAGAGCGGGAACACAGAAUUCUAAAGUACGUAGUGGUGCAAUGAUGGAGGUUACAGUUUUGGGCUUGGACUAUUUUUGGUAUAGUAGAGACCACACAAACGAAACAACAGGACAUUAGAACGAGAAACGCGGGAUUUUUGAAGGCGCAUUAGGCUGUUUUACUGAUUGCUGUGGUGCUGAUUGGCACCUGAUUUCAGUCGGCACACUUCUCCCGGUUGACCUUCAGGACCUUCAUCUGCGCAUGAUGCUUGGACGUAUCAAAUUACACGAACCGAAUGAUGCGCGUGGGAAAUAAAACACCGGCGAACGGUAUGUGAAGGAAGAUGCUCAGAAGGAUGUUUGGCCCCGCCGCUACAAUGACGAGCUCUACGAGCUGUACGAUGAUCUUACCAUCGUGCAGCGCAUUAGACUCGCCAGGCUCCGGUGGGCUGGUCACGUCAUGAGAAUGACACCGGACGACCCAUCCCGUAAAGUCCUUUUAGGCUGUCCACACGGACAGAAAAGGCGUGGUAGGCGCAAAUCGAGAUGGAGUGAUGGCGUUGAUGCGUCCGCCAGAACGGCCGGGAUAACGGAUUGUUGCAGCGCAGGCCAAGGCCGCAAAGCGUUUGUUGCGCCAGAUAAGUAAGUAAGUAAGAACGGUAUGUGAUAGCCAGUUGCCGAAUGUUAGUAUCUCGCCCUUUCAACAAACCCCUGAUUGCAAUUCGCAUCGCACCAUAUCGCAAUGCUUUUCAUCGGAAGGUUAAAUCUUGGUGUACUUAUUAAUGCCAGCUUUUUUGGCCGGAGAUAUUCGUAAGGCCACAAACAGCUCUCAUGAACCGGCCAUUUUCUUCCUUUCGAAAUCGAACUUCAAGCAGGAACGCAUGCACAGAGAGACACACGAACGUAGUGUGCAGAUUGUAACUUUGCGUAAGCUUUACAUAGGCGUGUACAGUUAGGCGUAAGUGAGACGCUUCAUUAUUACCACUCCACUCUCCACUUUCGAUCGUAGAAGACUGCUGCUGACUUUUAACACCUAAUCCUCGUUACAAUAGCUCUCACGCUAGCUAGGCGGUAGGUUUGCUGUUGUUACGUCUGCUUUAGCGUUUCCGUUUCCGAAACGAACCAACAAGACAACCGUAGACUUGUAAGACUAUACCGCAAAAAGGAAGGAGGAUGCAGAUAAGGAUAAGCAUUCAAAUAAGAGACAGCUCAGCUUAGCUAGCUGAUGUUGGUUUAGAGCGUUGCUUCGUUCGGUUCAUCGCAAGGUUGACCAAGUUGAAUAUUUAUAUCCCGUACGCGGGCGAGCACAAUACAUAAAUGACCAGCAAAGCAUGUCAAACUACUCUGAUGGUAGUAGCACGGAGGCGGGGAAAGCACAGGCACAGAACCGGCCUUUAGGGUUUUCAGAGUCGUUACUCACACACGAUAGACACAUUCCACUUUUGCCAAAUUCUAAGUCACACGUGUGUGUGUGUUUGUGUGAUCCGGUUGACCAGGAGGCAAAACCAAUUUUGGCAUACCGUCACGAGCCAAUGCCGACGACGACGGCGUCUAACAUCUCUUAUACUACCCUUGCAAAUUGACUGUACUACCCUCAACCCUCAACUACCUACCUACCCCUGUUCGGAAACCCGAAACCGUACCGUACAAUAUUCAAAUAAAAUGUGCGACAACAGCAAAAACCAACUCCCGUAUCAAACCAACAUAAUCAAUCGUAUCACCGCGUACAUUAUGUAA